UCCUCUGUUUUCCGUGCAAUUUAAUUUUUUUUUUGUAUGGUUAGGUUAUCAUUAAUUAGUUAAAUAAUUAAAUAAGUUAAUUUAGUAUUUAUUUAACUGAGAGAAGGAAAAAAUAUAUAGCUUCACCGUGGCGGACGAAGUGGAGGGGAUGGAUAUCUCGUUAAACGGGGGGGACGAUCAAGGCGGCCCCGUCGAUAACGAGGAAGAUGACGACGACGAUGAACCCAUCGUCGUCACGUCGGCGGAGGUUUUGCAGAGAUUGGAACACGGCUGGAUGAAUGAGAAAAUGUCGCCGGAACUGCUGCCCCCCUUGGAACAGGAGAAGGAUGCGAUGCUUGGGCAGAUCAAAGUUAUGGAGAGAAAUGUCACCACCCUGGAUAAGAGGGAUGUUCGGACGGAUAUUCAUAAAUUGGAGCUCGAAAGGAUAAAGUUCGUCGUGGUAUCGUACAUGAGGACACGAUUCUUUAAAGUCCAGCGCAUGUCGUUCACUCUGUACGAGGCGGAAAUGAAGCGAUCACGAAACCAAGAGUCCAUCCUUUUCAAGGAGGAGUUCACCUUCCUAAAAAAUUUGGUCACCCGGACGGCCGACUACUUCAAGGCGACCCUCAUCUCUAAAAUGCCUCCCGUACUGCAGAAAUUUGAAAUCAAGAAAUUCCGAGUGCUCCCACAGUUCGAUGCGUUCGUCUUUUUUCGUGUCCUGCAAAACCAAACGGUGCAAGUGGAGGUUAACGAUGAAAUUCUCACGAUCGAAUUGGAAGAAGGAGAUCUCCACUUUAUGCGGUACGAACCCAUCGCCCAUCUCCUCGCCGGUGGAGCCAUCCACCUCGUAUGACGACCCAGGAAAUUAACGAAACGCUAAUUAAUUAAUUACAUAAAUACGUAUACAAAAUCAUAUUUAGAGGCUGAUUACAUAUCUAAUUACGUAGGGUGACGAAAUGAUAAUGACACUAAUAAUAAUUUUAGGCUGGGUAUUUUAUACUUUAUUUAAUUAUUCUACCACCUAUUUAAAUAUGUACACCUGUGAUCUUAACGUUCAACUCUAAAUUUCACGGAAAACCGUGCACUUAUCAUAGAUUUAAUAAAAACCUGUCCUAAACUACUCACUUA